GCUCUUGAGAAGAUACAGUCAACGUGAACCGUCACUUCAACGGUGAAAUUCAAAUCUUUGUGAUUUCAACCGUGAACCAUUACUUGUUUGAGAGUCAUGGCUUCAAAACUCAGAACAAGAUCAACAGGAAUUGUUCAUCAGUCCUGCAGUAGAAAUCUGGGACGCCACACUGACCCCAUCAUCAACGCAGUCAGAGACUGCAGGUCAGGUGGAAAGAGAAAGUCUGAGGAAAGCCCUGAAAAAGCGAGCAAGAGGAGCAGGACGAUUCAAAGUCACUCCGAGGGCAUCAGACAGUCAUUCGGAGGGCCUUCAUCAAGUGACGCUGACAUUUUUGUCACAGCGUAUACUGAUUUCUCUGACAACACAGAAACCUUUUUUACCGCUGAGGAUGCUGGGACAUCGAAACCCACCAGUGCCCGCACCAGCACCAAAGCUGAGGAGAAGAAGAGCAGGAAGAGGAAGACUGAGGAGACAGAGGGACUCAGUAAGAGGAACAGAAUGACCCCCAGUCCCUCUGAGGACCCCAGUCACCAGGCCACCAAAACUUCUAACUCCUCCUCGCACGAAAGCACCUGCUCCACUGACAGCAGAGAUGACUUUGAGGCCAGAUACAAGGAAGAGGAAUUGCUGGGUGAAGGAGGCUUUGGGUCAGUCUUUGCUGGCUACUGCAAAGACGACAAUCUGCCUGUUGCCAUAAAACAUAUCCACCAGUUUCUGAGCACAACAGUGUGUCUGAACGGGGAAAGUACAAUACUCCCUUUGGAGGUGGCACUGCUGAUGAAACUCCAGCCAGCCGAAGGAGAGACCAGUGCAGUGGUGAGCCUGCAUGACUGGUACGAGCUGGGCAAUGAGCUGAUUAUCAUCCUAGAGAGACCCGUCCCCUGCAUGGACCUGCACAACUAUAUCAAGUCCAGGGAGUCCCCCCUGCAGGAGGACGAGGUUAAAAUCAUAGCAAGACAACUGGUGGAUGGUCUCCAUGAGGUCCACUCAAGAGGUGUGUUCCACAGGGACAUCAAGCUGGAAAACAUCCUCAUAGAAACCGGCUCUGAUGUCCCACGUGCCAGGCUCAUUGACUUUGGCUGUGGCACAUUUCUGUCAGAGGAGAGGUACACUACAAAAAGAGGGACCUUUGUGUACCGGUGUCCUGAGUGGUUCAAGCUUGGGUGGUACACUGCCGAAGGUACCAAUGUGUGGCAGCUCGGUGUGGUGCUCUUUGAGAUGCUGCAUAAUGGAAGGCUUCCCUUCUAUAACGCCUUUGAGAUCAGCAAUGAAAGACCUAAAAUCAGUGCCAGUAUUUCCAACGACUGCCAAGAUUUUCUACUGAGCUGUCUAGACAAGAGCCUAGAGGACCGACCCACCCUGGAGACUCUUAAAUACCACCCCUGGCUGAUGUGAUCCACGGACCAUGGACAUUGUGCACAUCGUUAAUCGUAAUGAAGGGGAUGUUGAUCUGUUGUCCUGAAAGAUCCGUUCAGGACAACAGGUGGACAUCCCCUUCAUCCACGAUUAACGCUGCUGUAGUCCCCGUGUAUGGCUCCCACUGCGCUCUCUUUUGAAGCAGCAUAAGCCAGGCCGAGAGGCUGAUGCCGUCAAGGUUCAGGCCUAUGUUUACGCUUCAAAGACCCAGCUGUCCGUGGAGAGGGGAUCUCUCUUUGAAUUGCCUCUCCCGAGGUUUCUCACCGAGUUUUUCCUCGUUUUCUUAGAGAGCUGGAGCUGGAUUGAGAGCGUACUGAUGGGGGCCUCAGUUAUUUUAUACAUGGGACUACAAAAAAUAGACUUGAAGUGAAUUCAAAAUAUCUGCAGCCCUGGAUGAGAGAAUUUAGCACCGAGCCCCACCGGAGUAAGAAAAAUUAAUAACGUGAGGGCAGCAUGGAGGUGCAGUGGUGAUCACUGUCAACUCACAGGAAGAAGGCUCUGAGUCUGGAUCAAUAGAUAAAUAAAUCAGGCCUCAUUCCCUCAUAACAA